AUGAGGGUGAAGGAAGAGGCGAGCGAUACCUUGACGACCGCAGGUGACGAUUAUGAUCUCGAUUCGGUAGACCCCUGCGAACCAGAAAACUCUGAAAUAUUACCAUUUUAUGAAUUAUCAGCAAAACACGUAAAUAAAGCUAUGGCGUCACACAAAAGUUCAGAUGAAAAUGUAUUUAUAGAUUUCGAGUGCAAAGAUGUAAAAGUUCAACCGACGUCUUUAUCAGCAACCAUUUGCAAGUCCGAGUAUCAAAAUGUUCAAUCUGUUGUAAAAAUAGAAAAAGAAAAUCCAAUCAAUGAUGUAGAGGAAAAUAUAUUAAUAGACUUUGAGUGCAAAGAUGUAAAAGUUCAACCGACUUCUUUAUCAGAAACCAUUCUCAAGUCCGAACAUAAAAAUGGUCAUUCUAUUGUAAAAAUAGAAAAAGAAAAUCCAAUCAAUGAUAUAGAGGAAAAUAUAUUAAUUGACUUUGAGUGCAAAGAUGUAAAACUUCAACCGGCGUCUUCAACGGACACCAUUUGCAAGUCUGAGUAUCAAAAUGUACAAGCUAUAGUAAAAGUAGAAGAAGAAAAUCCAACCAAUGAUAUAGAGGAAAAUAUAUUAAUUGACUUUGAGUGCAAAGAUGUUAAAAUUCAACCGACGGCUUUAUCAACAACCAUUCACAAGCCUGCGUAUCAAAACGUUCAAGCUAUAGUAAAAGUAGAAGAAGAAAAUACAACCAAUGAUAAAGAGGAAAGUAUAUUAAUUGACUUUGAGUGCAAAGAUGUUAAAUUUGAACUCGAAUCUCAAUCAGCAGCUACCUGCAAAUCCGAGUAUCAAUAUUUUCAAUCUGAUGUGAAAAAAGAAAACGAAAGAAAUCCGAUCAAUGAAAUAAACAAGAGAUGCCUUGAAACACACCUGAAUGCAUUACAUAAUCAGAGCAAACCCUUCAAAUGUGACAUUUGUCACAUAUCAUUUAGAUGGAAGCAUAAUCUCAAUUCUCACAUUAGUGUAGUACACGACCGGAGCAAACCCUUUGAAUGUGACACUUGUCAUAAAUCAUUCGCACAAAAAGUCAGGAGUCAACUCAAGAAUCACAUAAAUGCAGUACACAUGCGGAUCAAACGUUCUGAGUGUGAAAUUUGUCACAAAUCGUUUUCCGGCAAGGGUUACCUUAAAAAACAUCUGAAUUUCAUAAUCGUAUCAAAUCGUUCGAAUGUGAGAUUUGUAAAAAAUCAUUUGGAUGCAAGGAUCAUCUCCAAAGGCAUAUAA